AUGCCGACAACACGGCAGGAACUCAAGAACCGCAAGCCAUCGACAGAAGAGACUCCGACCACGUCGGAGGGCACCGCUACUGAAGCCAGCGGGGAAACCGCUACCGGUUCGACAGCCACGGGGACUGUCACGACCGACACCACGGAGCGCACGACGACUACGGGUACCUCCGUACCCUCCGCCGUACGCUCCGACGCCCCCCCCGCCGCACCAUCCUCUGCGACGGUAAAGGGAAAAGCGGCCGCCACUGCCGGCGCCGCUGCCGUUACCGCUACCGUCGCUGCCGCCGUCGCACGCUCGACUACGCCCGCCAUCGCGCCGACGCCGCCAGCCGCCGCGAGACAGUUGGAACCCCCCGCCGCCAGAGGGGCUUCCGCUACAGUACAGGGACGUACUCAAGAUGCAGACAUGUCAACAGUAAGGAUGAAGAGCACAGUCAACGCGCAGGGGUUGAAACAGCUACAGAGACCCAACCCCCCUAGCCAGAAAGGGGGUGGAUCAACACACAGAAAGGCUAAGGCUUAUAAAAUAGCAAAGGCCAAAGAAGAUAUGUUACGACUGCAGGUCGAACUAGCCGCCGCCCGUCUCGCCGCCCUGGAAGCAGACGAUACAGAAGAUGAAUUGGAAGAUGAUGCUGCUUCCGUCGAGCCCGAAGCCGAAGUUACGAAGCGAGUGGACAACUGGUUGGAGAAUCAACCUCAACGCCCCGUGCUGGCGAUCACCGACGCACCACACUACGCUAUAGAAGAGCCGGUGGUCUGCGACGCGGGGCAACAGGACCCGCCACUUCGGUCACCGGCGGGAGCACAGCCCGGCUUAACAGAGUUAGCCGAAGCUAUAACACGCGCCGUCAAAGCGGCCCAACGCCCCAAGUUCAUCGAGUUACCUACCUUUGGAGGGUCACAUCAAGAGUGGCUACCGUUCCGUGCCGCAUACUACGAAACUGAAGGCAUGUUCACUACAGUAGAAAAUACAAACCGUCUAAGAAGAAACUUGAAGGGAAGAGCCAAAGAAGCCGUAGAGGGGCUUCUCAUCACCAGCGCGCAUCCAGCAGAUGUCAUGAAAACUUUGGAGUCAAGAUUUGGAAGACCAGAGUCUAUCGCCAUGAUGGAGAUGGAGACGCUACGCGGACUGCCACGCCUCACGGAGUCACCGCGUGACAUCUGCAUAUUUUCAACAAAGGUCUCCAACGUGGUAGCAACACUGAAGACUCUCAGCUGUGUGAACUAUAUGUACAACCCUGAAGUUUCGAAGACGGUCGUGGACAAGCUCACGCCUACACUGCGCUACAGAUACUACGACUUCGCGGCAGCGCAGCCGAAGGAAGAUCCAGACCUGCUGAAGAUGGAGAAGUUCCUCAGGAGAGAAGCAGAACUAUGUGGACCUUAUGCGCUGCCUGAGCACGUGACGCCACAUAUGCCAGCCACUCAACAGAGAAGACCACAGAAGAUACACAGCGUUACAGAGAAUACGUACACACCCAAAUGCCCCAUAUGCAACGAAGAGCAUAUUGCAACAGAGUGUGAACAAUUCAAGAUCUCAGAUGCGAAUGGAAGAUGGGAUAUAGCCAAGUCCAAGCGCCUAUGCUUCCGAUGUCUUCGCUACAGAAACAAAACACACAACUGCCGGGCUAAGGCGUGCGGCGUCAACAGCUGCAAAUAUUUCCACCACAAGAUGCUGCACUAUGCCAAGGCACCGGAACAGAAAGAAGAAAAGGAAGCCACAGAAGUAAUCAACUCUGCGUGGACCAUUAAGAAGAAGCAAUCGUAUCUGAAGAUCAUUCCAGUACAGGUUGAGGGGCCCAAAGGAGCCUUCAACACUUUCGCUCUAUUGGACGACGGGUCAACAGUAACAUUGAUCGACAACAGUGUAGCCGAAUGCGUAGGUGCAACAGGACCCGUCGACCCUUUGAAAAUAGAAACCAUCAACGACCUGAAGACAUCGGAGUCAGCUUCGAGAAGAGUGAACAUCAUGUUAAGAGGUCUCAACGAUCAUGAAGAGCGUGUACAAGCACGAACAGUGAAGAACCUGCAAGUAGCGUCUCAACGGGUUUCAAGAGAGUUGGUAGAUGGCUGCAAACACCUGACAGACAUCCGCAACUACCUCGUGUAUGCAGAUAUAAAACCACGAGUGCUGAUCGGUCAAGACAAUUGGCAUCUUCUGUUGACAACAGAAGUGAGAAGAGGAGGCAACAACCAACCAGUGGCCUCUCUCACACCGCUGGGGUGGGUGCUACACGGCAGCCAGACACGCGCCGUCAGACGCAGCAUCGACUUCGUAUCACACGUCACGGAAGAAACAGAAGACAACCUGGACAGCCUCGUCAAACAAUACUUUGAGAUGGACGCACUCUGCAUACAACCCAAGAAGCCGAAGACAGAUCCAGAGGAACGAGCACUUCGAAUCCUGGAGAAGACCACCACAAAAACAGAAGAAGGAAGAUAUGAAACAGGACUUCUCUGGCGCAAAGAAGACGUCACGUUCCCAGACAACUACAACAACUCACUGAAGCGACUUUUCAACAUUGAAAAGAAGAUCGAUCGAGACCCUAAACUGAAACAGAAGUAUAUAGAACAGAUGGAAGCUCUCAUCUCAAAAGGAUAUGCCGAACUCGCUCCGAAACAGAAAACUGCGGGCAAGACGUGGUACUUACCACACUUUGCAGUUGUUAACCCUAUGAAGCCCGCGAAGCUCCGAGUCGUACAUGAUGCAGCAGCGAAGACGAAGGGAGUAGCUCUCAACGAUAUGCUACUCAAAGGACCUGAUCUUCUACAGUCACUACCGGUCAUGCGGUUCCGGCAACACGAGAUAGCAGUCACCGCGGACAUCAAAGAGAUGUUUAUGCAAGUCAAGCUGCGAGCCGAAGACAGGGAUGCACUCCGCUACUUAUGGCGCGGAGAGCGACGAGACGACCACCCACCCGAUGAGUACAGGAUGACUUCAUUGGUCUUUGGCGCAUCAAGUUCUCCAUCAACAGCAAUUUACAUCAAGAACUUGAAUGCCAAACAGUAUGAAGAUGUACACCCUGAAGCUGCAUCUGCCAUCAUACAGAAACACUACGUCGACGACUACUUGGAUAGCUUUAGAAGUCUCGAAGACGCAGUGCGCAUCACGAGGUCAGUACGUGAAGUGCACUCAAAGGCCAGCUUCGAACUGAAACAGUGGAAGUCGAACUCACCAAGUCUAUUACAAGCACUAGGCGAAAGUGAGCAAUCGGAAGACAUGGAACUCUACAAACCAGAAGAGAAAACAGAACGAGUACUGGGCGUCAUCUGGAGGCUCAACACAGACGAGCUCACCUUCAACCUCAACCUAGCUCGUGUCGCUCCAACGCUCGUCAACGGGAAGCCGCCCACUAAGAGAGAAGCGCUGCGAGUGGUCAUGUCUCUAUUCGACCCGCUUGGUUUCGCAUCGCCGGUUACUAUAAAGGCAAAACAGCUGCUACAAGAAGUAUGGCGAAGAGGAACGUCAUGGGACGACGAGCUGGAUAAGGACCUGGCUGAACAGUGGCAAGACUGGAUGGAUCACCUAAAGGAUCUCAGCAACGUUACAAUCCCGAGAAGAUAUCUCCAAUACAGCGACGCUAUUUCAGUACAGCUACACGUGUUCACCGACGCUAGUGAAGCAGCAUACUCAGCAGUUGUCUUCUGGAGAACAGUGGCGCCAAAUGGCGAAGUCAGCCUGUCACUCGUGAUAGCCAAAGCUAAGGUUGCACCGUUGAAGUUAACAUCCAUCCCGAGGCUGGAGCUGCAAGCGGCGGUCAUGGGAACGAGACUCGCAGAAACGGUCAUUGAGGAGCACGAAAGGAAACCAGACUACAAAGUGUUCUGGACAGACAGCAAGACCGCCCUAACCUGGAUAAGGACCGGGUCACGCUCAUACAAACCUUAUGUAGCCCAUCGCCUGGCUGCAAUUGAAGAAGCUUCCUCAGUCACCGAAUGGCGUUGGGUUCCGACGAAACUGAAUGUGGCAGAUGACGCCACACGGGACGUCCCAACGUCCUUUAAUAAAGAUCAUCGAUGGUACAAGGGACCUGAUUUUCUUUACCAAACAGAAGAACAUUGGCCCGUCGAAGUAACCACGGCAAGUAAAGGAGAACCUUCAGGCGAAGAGAAAGUUAACCACGUCACCGAUAACAGGAAACGGAAGCUCACAGACGCCUUACCUGAUGUAUCUCGCUUUUCGAACUGGGACAGACUCCGUUACACCACAGCUCGCGUUCUACAGUUCAUCCAACUCUGCAGAGCCAAAAAGGAAAGUGUCAAUUACAAAAGAACGCGGCAGAUCAAAGAAAGGGAUCCGAGCUGGAAGAGCAUCAACAAGCCCGCUACGAAACAACAGCAAAUAGCUAAGAAAACAGCGUCCAGUAGAAACUUUUUCCCAGUCACCGCCGAACAUCUCAAAAGAUCAGAGGAGCUUCUGAUGCGCGCAUCUCAAGAAGACUCCUUCACAGAAGAGAUAGAAGACUUGAAAAACAGCAAGGCACUCAACAAGGAGAGUCGCCUGAACCAAUUGAGCGUCGAAUACGCCGGUUAUGCAAUCAGAUUAAGAAGCCGCAUUCGAGUAACGCAAGACGUAACGGAGGACUUCAAGAGCCCUAUAGUCUUAGACGGUGAUCAUCAAAUAGUCAGGCUCUGGAUAAAAGCCGUACAUCAUCAGCUACAUCACGCCGGAGUCGAAGCUACAGUCAACGAAUGCAGGCAACAGUAUUGGGUGCUACGUGUGCGCCCAGUAACGCGGAUGGUAAUAAAAAGAUGCCUGUUCUGCCGAAUGAAGACACAGAAGCCGCCAUACCCCAGAACUGGAGACCUGCCGGAAUGUCGCCUAGCGCACCAUCAGCGACCCUUCAGCUUCACUGGCCUAGACUACUUCGGGCCUCUAUCAGUGACCGUCGGCCGAACCCGACAAAAAAGAUAUGUGGCCAUCUUUACGUGUCUCACCGUGAGGGCUAUACACCUGGAGAUUGCCAGUUCACUCAGCGCUGAUUCAGCAGUAAUGGCGCUAAGAAGAAUGAUGGCACGCAGGGGCUCUCCAACAGAAAUCUGGUCAGACAAUGGAACGAACCUGAAGGCGGCAGACAGAGAACUUCGACAGGCAAUGGACAGCGCCACAGCAGCAGAAGCAGCGAAGAAAACGACCUCCUGGCGGUACAUACCACCCGGAGCUCCAUUUAUGGGCGGAGCGUGGGAACGCAUGGUCCGCUCUGUGAAGUCAGCGCUCACUGCUACACUGCAUGAACGACAUCCAACAGAAGAAGUCCUCUCGACCCUACUGACUGAGGUGGAAUACACGGUGAACAGCAGACCACUGACUCACGUCUCCGUCAGCCCAGAGGAUCCUGAGGCACUAACGCCCAAUCACUUCCUAUUGGGUGGCCAGGGACGCGUGCCGCUACCAGGAACAUUCAACGAUCGGGAUGCUGCCUCCAGAUCGAGUUGGCGAGCCGCACAGAGAUUGGCCGACGUGUUCUGGACACGCUGGGUGAAGGAGUACCUACCGGAACUCCAACACCGGCGGGAGCCGCAUGGAAGAGGACCAGCGAUCCAGAUCGGCGAUCUCGUGCAGAUAGUCGACGCCAACUUGCCGCGCAACGUGUGGAUACGAGGAAGAGUCAUCGCCACGUACCCGGGCCCAGACAACGUGGUGCGCGUCGUGGAUAUCCAGACCAAAGGAAGAGUACUGCGACGGCCGGUGAGGAAGCUAGUAGUCCUGCCUCUGUCUACCGACAACACGCCCGCACCGACAAAUGAUGCGACAUAGCCGCACGGCGGGAGGAUGUGCGGGACGGUCAGCUGAUUACGUUUAAAAGUUAAUAUUUCGUGUGCCUAAUUUUUUAAGAUAAUAUGUAAAUAGUUUUAAGUUUAGUAAUAGAAUUUAGUAGGUAACAUUUAAUAGGUAAUAAUAGCAUUUUAGAAAUACAAUAAUUGCCCUUAUGUAACUGGAACAAAAUAACGCCCUCUGAUUGGCCGAGAAAUAGAACCAAUCAGAGGGCCUGUUUUAUUGUGGCAAAUUUGAUAUAAAUACCGCACCCGUUUGUACGCCGAGUCAGUUCCAAUCAGCAAGCGGUUGCGGUAACAAGAAAAAGGAAGAAUAAAAGAAACAAGA